UCUGUUCUACGGCUUCUAGGUGGAAUAUACUUCUGCAUUUUCUUAGAUAACUUUUCUAAUGAGUAAUUUCAACAUGAAGCUCAACACAACCCCAGUCUAUAGCGAUUCCGAAAUAUCUUUAGAAGAUUGGUCAUCUGAAGAGGAAGUUGAGGAGAACUCGGCAUGUUCGUCUGUGGUGGUGACCUUGCCACGCACACUAAGACUGAUCUUGGAUUAUAAGCAGUUCAAGGCGGCUCAACUUAUUCAGCGACACAUUCGGGGCUGGCUGGUGCGUACUAACUUGCGGAAACUCAAGCUCGCUACGGUGGUGAUUCAGAAGUGGUGGCGCCGAUACAUGGCACAGAAGAACCUCAUCGUCGUGGCCGAAACCAAAUUACAGCUGGCCGUAGUGCAGCUGUACAACUUGAGUGCCACCCUGAUUCAGAAAGUCUUUCGUGGCUGGUGGUACCGGAAGCAAGGCAUCGACAUGAGAAAGCUCAGGCAUCUGCAGAUGUCCAUGUCAGAGUACAUAAUCCGUAUUCUGGGCAAUUGCUUAAAUGAGCUCAAGGACAAGGCCAUGCUUCCAGGAGUCAGAAUUCGUCUUCCGCAGAAGUGCAACGAAACGAUAGAACAGCUGGUUUCCACAUUCGACUAUCGCAUAUACAAUGGCCGCGCCUGCUACAGAAUGGAGCAGACAAAACAAGAAAUCAAUGAUUUGCGAAACUCUUUCAAGGUGUCUGCAGAUUAUACCAACGUUCCCUUUCGUGGAUUCGACUAUAAAGAACUUUGCGAGAGACAUGUCUCGUCCUUGGAAGUGGUUGAGCAAACCCCUGAGGCCAUCGAAUUGAUUCGGAAAUUUGUGGCCGGAAAGGCCGAUAUGAACCUGAAGUCAAAGUAUAUACGCAAAUCGAAGAUUGCAGCGAGCAAGUUAACUUAUCGGCUAGAUAAAAAAACAGCCUUCUUUAAGCGCAUCACUCGCGACAUGAAGAAGUGGCAUAACGCGAAUGGGGAUAAGGUCCUACCGAAGGAAAUAUUCAAAAAUACCGAUAUGAAGGUCCUUCUGGAGGAGGCCCAAGAGAACCUAGAGGAUAUAUUCGGCAGACUGGGGCUGUGCAUUUGUGGAGCAUCCGCCGAGAUUGCUGAUAAUUAAAAAGUUCUUCACACCUUUGUAUAUUUUGUAAGGUAUAAUUUACAAAAAUGUAAAGCUUUUAAGCUACUUGAGAUCUGCAGAGGCAGCCAAUAGAAAUAAAAUCAUGUACUUUGUCAGCA